AUGGCGGCGGCGGCGGCAGCAGGGGAGGGCUCGGUGCUGCCCCAUUCGGUGCUGCUGCCGCCGUGGGACCGGCUGAGAGCGGCCGGGGUCUGCCGGCGGUGGCGGCAGCUCGCAUUGGACCGGAUGGUGUGGAGACACGUGGAUCUGACCCAGCGCCGGCACCUCAGCUCCAGGGUCCUGUGGCAGCUCCUUCUCCGGCACCUCCCCGCGGGGCUGUGCACGCUGCGGGCCCGGGGCUCCCUCCUCUCCCCCUCCCGGCCUCCCCUCCUGUCCCCGGCUCUGCUGGCGGCCCUGGGCCAGCGCUGCACCCGGCUCCAACGCCUGAGCCUGGCCGAGACCGACGUGCGCCGGGUCCCCUACGAGAGCAUCCCCGCUUCCCGGUUCCAGCGGGAAGAGGGGAAAUGUAGGUAGACCCCCGCUGCCCGGUUCCACCCGCCCGCCUCCUCCCCGCGGUCUCUUCGCCACCUCCUGGUCCACCACGUCCCGGCCUUGGUGGCUGCCUCCUCCCGGCACCGCCGGGAGAUGCUGAGCCUGCGGGGCUCCUAUCGCCUGACGGAGCCCGGUCUGCAGCGCGCUGCUCUGCGGGGCUGCGGCGCCGGCGAUGCCGCCGCGGGCUCCCUUGGGUACCACUUGAAGCGGCUGCGGGAGCUCGAGGUCGUUGCUGGCCUGCAGCACCUGGAGAUGCUUUGCCUUGAGCUGGGGGUGAAGGUGUCUGCCGGGGCUGCGGUUGCCUUGGGUCGAGCGCUGCCCCGGCUCAGGGAGCUCCGGGUCGUCGGCGCUCGCAUCACAACGGGAGUCCUGGGUCAAAUCCGGCUGAAUUUAUCCCAUUGCAGCUGCUCCCAUUCGCCUCAACCCCCAGCCUGA